CAGUGAUGGGUUACAAGCUCACUCCCGGUGAAGGUUACUGUAGUAACUGAAGAACUACAUGGAUGUGGCAGACUAUUGAAGAGAUUCUUGCGCAUGAGAAUGACCCAACCCGCGAUGAUCCCAUUCCACAGGAGUAUGUGGUGUAUCUGUGUCCAUCGGGUCCACUGGCCAAGCUGACGGCAUUCUGGGAAGAGACUGAGAAACAGUGCGGCAGGAACCAAGCUCACGAGGUCUUCCCACACAUCAGCCUCUGCCAUUUCUUCACAUGUGAAGACAGCAAGCUGCAGAGGCUGUACAAAGCUCUGAAGAAGACUGGCGACAAGUUUGCAGAUGGAUUCCCCUCCUGCCUCACUCUGACUCUUCACACAAGCUCUCGCUACAUUGGAUACUUCCUGGACGAUGCAAGUACUGACGUCAUCAAGCAGUUUGCCCUGGCCUUCUGUGAGGCAGCAGCCAAACUGGCAGACUGUCAAGUGGAGGUCAGCAACAACCCCCUGCACCUCACCUUGUCUCAUCGCUUCCUUCCCCAGCACCAGCGCGAGCUGGAGGCCAAAGCUCGCAGGAUCAGUCUGGGGAUGAACUGCAAGUGGGAGGCGGUCCUGUACUCCCGGGACAUGCGCUUCGUGCACUACCAGGUUUUUCAGGCACUCUACCCAUACGAACCCCAGAAUGAAGAUGAGAUGAGGCUCAAUUCUGGCGACUACAUCUUCCAGCAUCCCUCUGAGCAGCAGGGAGUGAGUCACGGCUGGUUCUUUGGCACUUCACAACGCACAGGGUGCCGGGGACUGCUACCUGAGAACUACACGGAGAGAGCACCCGAGUCCAGCACCUGGGUCAGGCACAGGUCGUACACCUUCAGUCUGGCGCAAGUGGAUGCCAGUGGCAUCAACGGGAACUGCUCCCUGGGCCCAGAGACAGAGGCCAACCAAACACCCAACAGUAUCCACAGGCUCCUGGAGGAACAGCUGCUGGCGGCUGCCUCCUCCCGCCGAUGGCUGCUGUUCGUGCGGCACGGUGAGAGAGUUGACCUCGUGUUCGGCCGGGCCUGGAUGGAACAGUGUUUCAGUGUGGAAGGCAGAUACAUCCGGGCAGAUUUAAACUUUCCUUGCAGUGUACCACCCAGGGCAGGAGGCACCCGGAAUUAUGAACAUGAUGCCCCCCUGUCGUCUUGUGGCACCUUCCAAUCUCAGCUGAUGGGGGAGGCUCUGGCUGAGAGGGAAGUGCCGAUCCAGUACGUGUACAGCUCACCUGCCCUGCGUUGUGUACAGACAGCACAGCAUCUGUUGCAAGGUCUGCAGCCAAACCCCCAGCUGGAAAUCCGCGUAGAGCCGGGACUCUUCGAAUGGACCAAGUGGGAGGCAGCAAAAUCGAUCCCAAACUUCAUGUCAGUUGCAGAACUCAAGGCAGCCGGAUACUCGGUGGAUGGGAGUUACAGGGUACAUGUUCCAAUCACCAGCCUGGUUCCAUCAGAAACGUACGAAGACUAUGUAACUCGUUGCUCUACAGUCGUACAGGCCAUAGUAAACAGCUGCCCAGAAGGAGGAUGGAACAUUCUGCUGGUGGGCCACGCCUCCACACUGGAGUGCUGCUCAAGGAAGUUACUGGACCUGCCACUCAGGGAUGUCAAGGAAUACGCACAACUGAUCAGAAAAAUUCCUGCUCUGGGACUGUGCUGCUGUGAGAAAAUAAGAGAUUCAAAGUGGCGAAUGAUCGAGCCCCCCAUCAAGAAUAUGACUCAUGGACCCAACCCAGCAUUUAACUGGAGAGACACAUUUCUGCAGAAUUAGACAUUGCUUUGGAUCAGAUAUUCUUCAUUAUUAAAUAAAUGUUAAACAGUGAGCUAAAGGUCUUAGAGAUGUUCUGGUGUUAUGAGUGAUGAACAGACCUGAUGGUCAAUGGGGUGCAAAGUUAACCAUUCCCAACCCCCUCUCCUGAGAACUACGAACUAUUGCUGUUGUUAUGCUACUAUUGAGAGAGAGAGAGAGAGAGAUAAAGCCCAGACAAGAACAGUUGCUACAGAUAAGAGGGGGAGAGAGACUGUUGAUGUACUGCAUUAUGACUCUUCCUGGAUUAUUUACUUUCCACUACAAGGACUGCACUUUGCUUGUUAACAUUCCUCAGGAGCUAGCAGGAGUGGCCUGAUUUGAUGGACAUGGUCAUUCAGAGUUGAUGGAUAGCUGAAACCCAGUGAGUGGGGAUAAAAAGACAGGUCUGGAGAGACACCCUUCAGACACACCAGUGGACACUGAUUGAGUGUUGGGAACCCACAGAAAGGUGGGGGCUUCAAAGACCGAAUCAGGAGAUCGGUCAGUAAAGCUCAGUGUUACAGCAGGGCCAGUGGGGACUUGUAUGUGUGUCCAUUCAUGCCAGAGUGAUGAGUCCACCACAGAAGAACUGUCUAGCUGAAGACCAGAGGGGUCAUAACUGAAUGGCCACAACGAUACGACGGAUUAAGAAAGCAAAGGAAGGUUUGGCUGCUGUUGCUGUUACAUCUCGCUCACUCUCUCUCUCUCUCUCUCUCUCCAACGAUUUCAAUGCAACAACCAUAACUACUUCAGCAUUUAUGAACUGAACUCUAUACUUUCCUAUGACAAUUCAUUUACCCCUAGACAUCAAUAGAGCUUGUUUAUUAUUGAUUAUUAUUAUUCCUACACUUUUAGGUUUAUUA